AAUGUGGUUGCUUCAAACUCCUGAACUCAGCCAAUGCUUCCAAAAAAUCCCAGAUAACCAGAAAGCACCUUUAUUUUCCCUCUACCUUCCCAAGUGUUGCAACAAAUCUUACGGUUAAUUGAGCUGGCCUGCAACUAAAGAGAAAAAGAAAAUAUGGGUGGUGAUUAUCUGCCAUUUCUGGCCAUGUUUCUUGUCCAAAUGGGCUAUGCAGGAAUGAAUAUCUUUGUGAAGCUGGCCAUGGAUUCUGGGAUGAACCCCUUCAUCCUCGUCGCUUAUAGGCAAAUCUUUGCCACUGUGGCCAUGAUUCCUUUUGCUUAUUUUCUUGAGAGGAAAACAAGACCCAAGAUUACAAGAAUUGUUCUAUUCCAAGCCUUCUUGUCUUCCAUUUUCGGGGCAACCUUGAAUCAGAUCCUUUACUUCAUUGGGCUAAAACAUUCCAACCCGACACUAGGCUGCGCAUUUAACAACCUUCUCCCAGCCAUGACUUUCCUCCUUGCUGUCCCCUUCAGGCUUGAAACAGUGGGAAUUAAGACAAGGCCUGGACAGGCAAAGGUGCUGGGAACAGUAGUAUGUAUAGGAGGGGCCAUGAUACUGACAUUUUACAGAGGACACGCCAUCAAUAUCGGUGAAUCCGGCAUCCAUUGGAAGUAUGCAGAGCAGCUAAAAACUAGAGAUUCUCAGAGUGGGGCCAACUUCAUCUUGGGACCUUUUCUUCUGAUCACUAGCUGUAUUUCUUGGGCCAUAUGGUUCAUAAUUCAAGGAAGAAUGUGUGUGAAGUUUGCAGCUCCUUACACAAGUUCCACUCUGAUGUGCUUCAUGGCCAGCAUUGAGUGUGGAGUCAUUGGCUUGUUUGUUGACCACCAACCUUCAGCAUGGUCAUUAAAUGAUUCCAUCAGGCUUAUUGCAGCUCUUUACUCGGCAAUUGUGUGUACUGCACUAGCAUUUUGCCUCAUGUCCUGGACUAUACAAAGGAAAGGUCCUCUCUACGUGUCAGUCUUCAGCCCCUUGCUCCUUGUCAUUGUGGCCAUUCUCAGCUGGGCCCUUCUUCGCGACAAACUACACUUUGGAACUGUUGUAGGGUCUCUGUUUGUUGUUUUGGGGCUCUAUGCUGUUCUAUGGGGAAAGGGUAAGGAGGAGAACCAGAAGGGCAGCAGGGAAGAGGCAGGAGAGGGGAAGGAAGACUUGGAGUUGCAGAUAGAUGGGAAGCUUUACAUCAGAAGUUGAAUGAGGAUUCAGCUCCAAAAACUUAGAACUAAUUCUAUGUUAAAUGCUCUAAUCUCUAAUGUUUGUUGUUGGGUUGAAAUCCUGAAGUGAAUGAGAAAAGUAGCUUAUAAUUUGGGAACCAUAAAACAAUGAGCCUAUUACUCACUACAUGUCACCAAAAAGAAAAGAAAAAAAAAAUCCCAUUUAGAAAAUAAAAACUACCCUAUAUGAUGAA